AUGGCUCUGAUUGUGGAUAUUGUGCGAUCGGUCCUGUGCACUUCAUGGCUUAACCUGUUGCUCUUCUUCGUGCCCAUCGGCUAUGUGGCCUACUUCCUCAACAUCAACUCGACCCUCAUCUUCAUCUUCAACGCCCUCGCCAUCGUGCCGCUGUCGUCCCUGCUUACGGAUGUCACGGAGAAGAUUGCCAGCGAUGCCGGCGACACGGUGGGCGCCAUUCUCAACAUCAGCCUCGGCAACCUCGUCGAGCUGAUCCUUUUCGUCGCCCUCAAGAAUGACCAGAUCCGCGUUGUGCAGGCGUCCAUCCUCGGAUCGAUCCUUGUGAAUCUGCUCCUGAUCCUCGGAUCUGCGCUUCUCACCACCAAGCUCCCCGACCAGGAGUUCCUACACGAUGCCGCCGGCACGCAGCUUCUCGGGUCCCUCCUCUUUGUGUCGGUCUUUACCUUUCUUAUGCCGACGGCCUUUGACCACACUUUCAGAGGCACCGAUGGCGCCGAAGCCAUGAGUCUCAAAAUGAGCAGGAUCUCGGCCGUCAUGAUCCUGCUCAUCUACAUCCUAUACUUUAUCCACGAAAUCAAGACCCGAACGCCUCCCCACGACCUCGAAGCCGCGACCCACGACGAAGAAAACGACGACGCUACACUGUUCGACGGCCAGGAUCACCCGACGCACGUAUCAUUCGGGCCCCGGACGGAUCGCAUCAUCUCCUACGUGAUGCUCAUCCUGACGUCGACCUUCAUGUCCGUGUCGGCCGAGUUCCUGGCCAGCGCCAUCGACGACGUGAUUCGCCAAGGCCACCUGUCCGAGUCGCUCAUCGGCCUCAUCAUCAUGCCGAUUGUGGGCAACGUGGCCGAGUACGCCACCGUCGUUGUCGUCGCCGCCAGAGACAACAUGGGCCUCGCGCUGGCGGUUUCGGUCGGCUCGUCGAUCCAGAUUGCGCUGUGCGUGACGCCUCUGACGGUCAUUGCGGGCUGGAUCAUGGACCGGCCGCUGAUGCUGACGUUCAACCUCUUUGAGAUUGCCACGCUCUUUGGGUCCGUCCUGCUCGUCAACUUUCUGAUUCUGGGCGAGGGAGUGAGCGGGCCGCUGCGGUCGAGUGGCCUCAAGGGCGGACUGAUGUGUGCAUGUUACGUGAUUAUUGGGUGA